UCAACCGAAAUAAAACAAAUCGUAAGGCGCAAGUUCAUAAGAUCUUUGACACCUCCCCAGGUGGGCUUAUCAUAGCUCCUCCGGUAAGUGGGCAUGUGGUGUUUUGUGGCGGUUGCUUCGUUCUAGAGAGAGAAAGUAAGGAUUGCGUUGAGAGAUCAGAGAGAGAGAGAGAGAGAGAGAGAGAGGGAGAAAAGAGCAAAUCUGCGACUCCGCAACGAGGUUUGUGGCUCUGUUCUUACAACUCAACGAAAGAAGCUUGGGAUUGGUACAAUUUUAGAGAGAGGGGUGAAAAAUGGCGAGUGGUGUGGAUAAGGAGAUCCAAACUGGACCCAAAGACGAUACCAUGUCCUUGGAACUCCCAGCUCCUCCUGCUUGGAAGAAAUUGUUCAUGCAGAAGAAAGGUACACCAAGGAAGAAUGAGGUCAUAUUUAUUGCUCCAACAGGGGAGGAAAUUAAUAACAGAAGACAGUUGGAGCAAUACCUAAAAUCGCACCCUGGUAAUCCUGCAAUAUCAGAGUUUGAUUGGGGCACUGGUGAGACUCCAAGGAGAUCAGCAAGGAUAAGUGAAAAGGCCAAGGCAACACCUCCAUCAGCUGGAAGUGAGCCACCUAAGAAACGAGGACGAAAAUCGUCGGGUUCUAAGAAGGAUAGCAAAGCGAUGGAAUCAGCAAUUGAAGAAAUUGAAGGAAAGAAAGAAGUUGAAAUGAAAGAUGUGGAGGUCACAGAGAAGGAAAAUGCAGAGGAAGCACAGAAAGAAAAUGAGGCUGAGAUCAAAGGUGAAACACGGGAAGAAGCUGAAAAAACUAAUAACCUAGAUGCCAAAAUGGAUGAAACUAGUCGAGAGGAAGAUGUUGUAAAAGAUGCAAAGCUCCAAAAUGAUGACCUGGAAACCAAAAACGUUGAAGUAGCAGUAUCAACGGACAAAUCCACAAAUGAAGCUGGUGGUGGUACAGAAGUGAUUCUAAAUAAAGCAGAGAAUCUAGAAGCCUCCAGGGAAAAUGCGGUUGAGAACGGCGGUGAAGAAACAAAGGAAGAAGCUGAUAAAACCAAUGACCUAGCUGCCAAAAUGGAAGAAACUGGUCCAGAGGAAGACGUCCAGAAAGAUGCCAAAAUGGAAGAAACUGGUCCAGAGGAAGAAGUCCAGAAAGAUGCUGAGAUCCAAAGUGACAACCUGGGAAACAAGAACGUAGAAGUUGUGGCUGCAGAUAAACCAACAAUUGAAGCUGAUGGUACUGAAGUAACUCUGAAUAAGGCAGAGAGUGAAUCCGCCAAACAGGUGUUGGGAGAGGUAGAUCAACCACAGGAUGAUACUGCAGAAGUUCACGGUGCAAAUGAUGAGAAACAGGGCAAGCUGGAAAAUGUCACGUUGGAAACCAACCACGGAGCAGAUCAAGCGAAAGCCAAUGGAGUGACCCGUCCAUCGGAGGAGACUACUAAAGAGAAACAAGAGAUGCAGAAUAAUGACGACACAUGUAGUUUUCAGCUCGAGGGCAAAGAUGAAAAAAUGGAGGGAGAGAUGAUGGGGAAUAAUGGCAAGGUUAACCAAGUGGCUCGAGCUGAUGCCCCGCAACAUCCAAAACCCUCUCCAGUAAGCUGCUAAAUAUAUGCAACACCCUUGUUGGGUUUCCCUGGAUUACUGUAAUUUAAUGUUUAUUGAUGCUAGAUUUAGUUGUCAGUAGUUGGCAAACAAAGCUGUAUCCCUUUCAGUGACUCUUUCUAUGAUGCUGUAGCCCUUGUGACAUUAUGAACUAACUUAAAUUAUAAUCUGUAGACAUCUUAUUUGACUUCUUCA